CGGUUUUCUGCUUUUGUGACACUCUCAUAGCAUACAGCGGGACUCACGUCAAACAAUACCGCCUCGCUGGCAAGGCUCUGUACACUCUGUCACAACACGAACCUUACGAGUGCCACGACCAUAGCGACAUCCCUACCUCAACGUUCUGCUUCAGCCGAACCCCUACGGAUAAUCUAUCCACGCAUCUCUGCUUGCUUUAUUCAGACUGAGACUUGAAUCAUGCGUUUCGGUGUCCCGCGUUCAGAGUCGCCUUCUCCAGUCAGACACCGCUCGACCUAUGGGAUCCAUUCUUCGGUACUCAUGUCCGACGAAGAUGACACCUCUGGCUCAGAGUCGGACAUCACGACCUCAUCAAACGAUUGGAUACCUCACAACACGUCAGGAGUAAUCAGCAGGUCUCAGAUUCAAGCAAUGGCAAACGAUCCAUCCGCUUCUGCACGACCUCCACUAUCCGUUCAAGAGAGACACUUUAUCGAGGACACUAUAGCUUCAAUCCGCCUACACACGCACCAUCAUGAUCCCUAUGAGGAAUGGGAAAAACGGACACGCAGGGACGCAUUCCGUUCAGCUCGCAAAGAGCAAGCCCUCUCAAUAUCCGCACGUCAAGCCAACAUCUCCGUCUCCCAAUCGCGCGCCACGGCCGCUCAAGAAGCAUCCUUCCAGGCCGACAUGAACUCCGUCAAUGACCUCCUCUCUUCCCUCAAACUCAAGCAUGAACGCGAAGAAGCUGAUCUGGUGGCUCGAUGGAAAGAGCGCUCGAAGAAGAUGUGGGAGAAGAUCGAGGGGGCGAUCAAGUUUGAGGAGGAGAAGGUCAGGGUGAAGUUGGAGAAGGAGAGAAAGCUUAAGGAAGAAGAGGAGAAGAAGCGGAAGGCUGAGGAGUUGAAGCGGAGGAUUGCGGAAGAGAAGAGGAAGGCGGAGGAGGAGCGCAAGAAGAAGGAGGAGGAAGAAGAGCAGAAAAGAAGAGUGGCGGAGGAGGAAGAGAGGAAGAAAGCGGAGGAGGUGGAGAGGAAGAAGGCCGAACAGCUCGCGAAGGAAGCUGAGGAGAGGAAGGCAUUGGGUAUGGCCACAGCCGAGGAGGAUUGGAUAGGCGCUCGCUCGACUUUGAAAAAACUCAAAGCGGGCCCCAUAGCCGCAGUGAAAGGCAACCCAGAACUAAAGAAGCUCGCCAACGCUAACCGGCGCAAGAUCACGCCAAAGAUCGGCCAACUCACGAACGACACCCAAGCCAUCAACGAAAUAUCCUCGUUUAUUCUACAAGUGUUCCAGCAACAACUCCCACCAGCCAUCUUCCUCUCCCUCGGCUCCUCCCUCGCCAAAGCAAUCCUCCUCCAGGCAGAAACCGAAGUCACCGCCGAAAAACGGUCUGCCUAUCCCCUCGCCCAACUGACAAUCAACCUCCUCUCGGUCUUUCCACCCCCUUUCUCCGAGAUCUUCUUCGCACGGCUACUCUCCCGUUGCGGUGGUUGGGUCAUCCCAAUACCUUCUCCCCCCACACCGACAUUCAAGGACAAAGACGUCGACGGUAUGCUAUGGACUGCCAAUCCCAAAGCAAAGAGAAAGGCGCAGGGGAUGUAUAGGGAGGAUGAGGUGAAUGGAUCGGCAGAGAUGGUGGCAAGGGUGGCGGGGAUCAUGAGGGUGUAUUUCACGAUGCUUGUGAUCGACCAUCCGAAGCCGAUGGCGAAGGUUUACCAGACGGGCAGAUUGUGGGCCUGGUUGGCGAGGCUGAUGGGCUCACCAGGGUUGUUGACGCAUCCGUUGGCGGCGGAGUUGAUCUACGUGGCGCUCGAGGUAGGCGGAGAGAAAGCGCGCGACGUCUGGGGCCAACAAUGGAUCAAGCUCAUGGGCCUCAUCUACGAGGGUGUCACGCAGGGUAUCGCGGGCACGGACAAGCGUAUCGGAGGAACUUCGACGGAGGGCAAAGCUGCGCAAAUUAGGGUGCAGCUCGAGAUAGAGAGGAUCAUGUUUGGUAGAAAGUGAUCCCGCUUGUUUCUCGUGGUGAUCAACAUUCCUUUCAGCCUCUGCCAAGGGUGUUGCUUUGGUGCUCGUGGAGAGCACCUACUCCGUAUGCUUUCGUUUUGCUUUCGCUUCACAAUGAGCAUGUUUUGUCCCGUAUAUCCUACCUCGCAUCAUGCUCAUCUUAUCUAUCACGCAAUUCGACUGUUGUCUUCUGUGGUUCGGGCAUGUUAAAUGGUCGUCUGACAAGACGC